AUGGAGGGGCAAUUCCGCCGGCCCAAAUGGUGUUCCGCUCCUCGGAGCCCUGAGAGACACAAGAGUCAGCUGCGUGCAUUGGGCAACGAGGAUGAACGCAGCUGGGAGGUUCUAGACAAGUCGGUCUACACGGUUGGUCGCCACGAAACAGCUGAUUUCCAGCUGCAGGGCGAGUUGGUUUCCAGAAUACAUGCCGCGGUGCUUCAGGACGUGGAAGGUGAGCGAUACUUGGUGGAUUUGAAGAGUACUCAUGGCACCUUCCUGGAGUCCAAGCGCCUCAAAGCUCACGAGCCGGUGAAGUGGCCAGAAGGGCAAAUGGCUUCUUUCGGCUUUGGCCCAAAGGCUGUCUUCAUGGUGCUGGGCUCAAUGGGCGAAGUGGCUCCGCCGGCCAAGCGACCGAAGACUGAGCCGCAGGUGAUCGAUGACCCAAUGGCCUCACUCUAUGGAGAUCUCCCAGAAGCCAGCAUCGUCAACACAGCGCCAAAGGUAGCCGAAACGAAAGUGCAACCUUUGCCAACGCCCACGAAAGACCCCACCAGAGUGAUCUUUUUGGACAUUGAUGGAGUUCUCAGACCUUUGCACAGCAGGCAAGACGCUUUUCAGAACACGCGGACCAUCGAGAUCAACGGAGCCCGGGUGCCAUUGCUGGGAAGCUCCGAAGCCAAAGCAGGCGUGGACUUCUGGCCCAGCGCCAUGCGAGCUCUCAGGUUCAUUGUCCAAAAGACCGAGGCUCGAAUUGUGUUAUCCUCCGAUUGGCGGAAGCAGGAGGUUUUGAAGGAAGGCAUCCAAAGUGCCUUUGAGGAGCACGGAAUCCCAGAUUUGUAUAGCUCAACCCCAGAUUUGGACCAGGCAACUCCGGGCGUGAUCAAGACGCUUCACAGCUCUUUUCGAGAAAAGCGCUGUAAGGAGAUCAGGAAAUGGCUCAAGGCAAAUCCAAAGAUCACCCACUUUUGUGCCGUUGACGAUGUGGAUUUGAGCAUGCCCGACAAGGCUUCGUUGAAAUCACAGGAUUCGGAUGUUUUCUUGGAUCCUGACAAGGAGUUUGUCAAGACGAACCCCGUGGUGGGACUCACCAUGGAGAUUUCCAAGUUGGUGAUCUGCUACCUCAACGGCACAGAGCCCUCGGAGGAGAUCCUCAGCGCGGUCUUCGGUGAACCCACGGGGAUCAUUACAAAAGCUUAG